ACGUGGAGACCAUUUCUAAACCCCUGAAUCCUGCUCUCUUCCUAUCUCUCAACUUUUGCUCAAUAUCAAUGUCUUCCGUAUCCAUAUCCUUCUCCCCACUCGCCUUAUCUCUCCCCAAUAAGCCCUACCGCAAGAACCCCUCUCAAAAACCUAAUCCCCAAUUCAUUUCCAAAUCCAAAUCUAAAUCUAAAUCAACUUCAAAGUCAAAAGCAAAAUCUAAGUCAAAAUCCAGCAGCUCAGACGAAAAGUUAACAUCAUCAUCUUCAAUCGCUAUUGAAGCAACUAGCUAUACUCGUCUCCCACCUAGAGAUGACUUUCUCGCUUCUUCACUUAUCGACGCUUACCGAGAAAUCAAGCUUUCUGAUUCAUAUGUUGUUACGAAAUCGGAGGAGGGGCAAAGAAUCAGUAAGGAAUUGCAUGGGGAAAAACUCAUUGGGUUUGAUUAUAAGGAGUAUGAAACUCCGGAUGUUGGAGAAGAUGAUGAAGAUGAAGAUUUCGAGGAAGACUAUGAUUCUGACGAGGAAGACAUUGAUUAUAUAGAAGGGAGAGAAGAAGAUGGUGAAAUUGUUGUUUUUGGAGGCGAAGAAUUCGAGGGUUUUAAGGAGGGAGAUGAGGAUGAGGAUGAGGAAGAGAAAGAGAAGGGGGUUCCAGCAGUGAUGAGAUGUUUCGACAGGGCAAAGAUAUUUGUCAAGGCUGGGAAUGGUGGGAAUGGGGUAGUGGCAUUUAGGAGGGAGAAGUUUGUGCCGUUGGGGGGACCGUCGGGUGGGGAUGGAGGGAAAGGAGGGAAUGUGUAUGUGGAGGUGGAUGGGGCAAUGAAUUCGUUGUUGCCGUUUAGGAAUUGCUUGCAUUAUAGGGCCGGGAGAGGGUCGCAUGGACAGGGGAGUGACCAGAAUGGGGCUAAAGGAGAGGAUGUAGUGGUGAAGAUUGCGCCGGGGACGGUGAUUCGAGAGGCGAGGGAGGAUGGGGUUGUAGGCGAAGUCUUGUUAGAGUUAUUGCAUCCAGGGCAGAGGGCAUUGUUGUUGCCCGGUGGUAGAGGUGGCAGAGGAAAUGCAGCGUUUAAGUCAGGAAUGAAUAAGGUGCCAAGGAUUGCAGAAAACGGGGAGGAAGGUCAUGAAAUGUGGUUGGAAUUGGAGCUUAAGCUUGUUGCUGAUGUUGGAAUUGUUGGUGCUCCAAAUGCUGGAAAAAGCACACUUCUUAGCGUGAUAAGUGCUGCUCGACCAGAAAUAGCAAACUAUCCUUUUACAACGUUGCUUCCAAAUCUUGGUGUAGUUUCAUUCGACUAUGAUUCUACAAUGAUUGUAGCUGAUUUACCAGGUUUGCUUGAAGGUGCACAUCGAGGUUUUGGUUUAGGCCAUGAAUUUCUGCGGCAUACUGAAAGAUGUUCUGUUCUGGUGCAUGUUGUUGAUGGUUCAUCUCCGCAGCCAGAAUAUGAGUUUGACGCAAUUCGUCUGGAGCUUGAAUUAUUUAACCCUGAACUUGCUGAAAAGCCUUAUCUGGUUGCUUUUAAUAAGAUGGAUCUUCCUGAAGCAUCUGAAAGAUGGGAAUCAUUUGAGCAGCACCUUCUAGCUGAGGAUAUUCAACCUUUCUGCAUGAGUGCUAUUAGUAAACAGGGUACCCAUGAAGUAGUUUGUGCUGCCUAUGAGCUAGUAAGGAAAAUCAGGGAGGCUGCUAAAGAAGUUGAAGGUUUAGCUGCUCCUGUCAAUCUUAAUCACGUGGCUGAGGAAAUAAAGAAGAAACGAGCUUUCCCUAUCAAUGAUUUUGAUAUUACUCAUGAUAGUAGCUCAAAGACGUGGCAUGUGGUUGGAGAUGGAUUAGAGAGGUUUGUUCAAAUGACUAAUUGGAGCUAUGUGGAUUCUGAUAAAAGGUUCCAACAUGUUCUCGAGGCUUGUGGUGUUAAUAAAUCCUUGAUUGAUCGUGGUGUGAAGGAAGGCGAUACUGUUAACAUAGCAGGGUUGGAGCGAAUAUGGUACAAUGCCCCCGGAAGUGCUAGCUCUUCAGGUGCAAAGAAUAAGUCAACAGAUUCAAUCAGAUGGCCUAGCUGGAAGUGAUCCAUGCAUUAUAAUAACGUCAUCCAACAUUGCAAGCAUGCGAGGGACAUGACAUCUUAUAGUACCGAUGGCUGAAUCAUCCUGGGUUUGUUCUAUACCUAUGCAGAUAUAAAUCCUUAAAGUAAGGCCAACACGACCUGUGUUCUAGUUGUGGCAACUUGAUCCUGCUAUCAAUGAAACAUGGCACCUCGUUCACCCAACAAAUUUAUGCCUCUGGAAAGUGGUGUGGUUCAUUUCUUUGGUUGUUGGUGCUCAGCUCAAGGUGACUAAUUUCGAGUCCUACUAUCAGGAUCUACUGUCUCAUUGCUGCACUUACUGUUAGCUCAUCUUUGAUAAGUCCACUUGUUUAAGCUUCUCAUGCCUUCUCAAACAAUUAAACUAGCUGAGGUUUACUCAGAGUCGUCGCCUACCGAUUAUGUAUAUUUGUGCGUCUUGUUGCAUGUUGAAUAAUGUAUCUGAUUUGAUUUAUUGCAAAUUUAAGUCAAUGAUAUGGUUGCACAACCUUGUACACCGGAAA